ACCAACAAAAGCUAAGAGUCUAUAGUGCGAAAUCUUCCUACUAUACCUAUUAUUAAUGGGUGACGGGAGACCGAUUGCACCGGUUAUCGCAUCAUACGCACAGCUUUCUCUGAGUUUCUGCGUUUUCCUUUUAUCUAUUGUCUGCCGCCCACGCAUCCAGACAGCACUACUCCUCUUUAUAGGGACAUACUAUAUAUAAUAAUACCCAUUCUCGGUCUCUUCCCGGUUGCGAUCUGGUUUGUUAAAACCCCCAGCAGCCCUCGUACUCAAACCUGCUCAUUUACGAUAUCGCAAUCGCAUCGGGAGAACUUGUUCCAGUCCGCAGCAAAGAUGGAACCGUCUCCUACACAACCAAACAACCCGAACAACAACAACUUCAACAUCCCCCCGAACAACACCAACCCAAAUGCCAUAGCAAACACGACGGCAUUCAGCGCCCGCCGCGCCGCCCGCAACCCGGCCUUCGACGCCAAGCUGUCCCAAAUGGCGCUGCAGCUCGCGCCGCUGGUGCAGCUGACCACAGGCGCCGUCCACCGGGACUUCCCGCGCACGCUGCUGGCCUUCUGGCUGCUGACCGACGAGCAGCUCAACGAGCUCGCCCACUUCUACCACCAGCGCACCCCCUGUCACUGGACGGCGCAGUACCCGUGCCCCGUGACGUGGCCACCCGGGUUGAGCCUGGAGGAGAAGAGGCGGAAGCUGGGCAAGUUCAUCGGCCUGCGGGGUUGUGACACGCCCAUCGAGGCACUUGUCGCCGGGGAGGUGGUGCAGCGCUUGCAGAGGAGUGAGGAGGAGAUUAGGGAGGAGGCGGAGCGGAGGGCUAGGUUUGGUAAUGGGAGCGGGGCCCGGGAUGAUGAUGUGGAGGAGGUUAGGAGGAAGAUGGGCUGGUAUUAGUAAGCACUAAGGUAAAGGGCAGGUAAGGUACCUUAGUCAGUCAAGACUUUGGAUUUGUGAUGAUGGGCGGGGAUGGGUCAUCCAAUG